CAGGUGAUCUCAGUGAUGUUCGUAGGUCAUCUCGGAGAGGUGGCACUUGCCGGUGCUUCCAUGGCCACAUCCUUCGCUUACGUGACUGGCUUUAGCUUGUUUAUAGGCAUGUCAACUGCAUUGGAGACAUUUUGCGGUCAGUCUUAUGGAGCUAAACAAUACCACAUGCUCGGUAUCCACAAGCAGAGGGCCAUGAUUGUUCUCCUAAUAACUAGCUUUCCGGUCGCUAUCAUAUGGGCUUACACAGGCCAAAUCCUUCUCUUUCUCAAGCAAGAUCCUCAAAUAUCAGCAGAGGCAGGAUCCUAUGCUCGGUUCAUGAUCCCUAGUGUUUUUGCAUUUGCGCUUCUGCAGUGCCACAUCAGGUUUCUGCAGACGCAGAACAAUGUCGUUCCGAUGAUGGUCAUAUCAGGAGUCACCACAUUGCUGCACGUUUUCAUAUGUUGGUUCCUGGUGUUCAAGUCUGGACUUGGAAACAAAGGCGCUGCUUUGGCGAAUUCCAUCUCCUAUUGGAUAAAUGUGUCAUUGAUGGCAAUUUAUGUUAGACUUUCACCGUCCUGUAAGAGAACCUGGACUGGUUUCUCCAAGGAGGCCUUGCAUGGGAUCUUUGCAUUUCUGAAAUUAGCAAUUCCUUCGGCUGUCAUGAUCUGCCUCGAGAUGUGGUCAUUCGAGAUGAUGGUCUUAUUAUCGGGACUUCUUCCAAACCCAAAACUCGAAACAUCGGUCCUCUCAAUCAGCCUGAACACCUGUAGCUUGGGUUUCAUGAUACCUCUUGGACUCAGUGGUUCAAUAAGUACGAGAGUUUCAAAUGAAUUGGGUGCAGGAAGACCACGGGCAACUCGUUUGGCAAUUUAUGUUUCCUUAAUGAUGGUCGCCACAGAAGCCUUGUUUACAGGUGCUCUCCUUAUCUUCGGUCGGAGGGCGUGGGGCUACCUCUAUAGCACGGAAGAAGAAGUAGUGAGAUACGUGGGUGAUAUGAUGGUGCUACUCGCAAUUUCCCACUUUUUCGAGGGCAUUCAGUUGAUCCUUUCAGGCAUUGCAAGAGGAUGUGGAUUGCAAAAGAUUGGAGCUUUCAUCAAUUUGGGUGCCUACUAUUUGUUUGGUAUUCCUACCGCCGUACUCCUUGCUUUCGUCUGUCACAUCGGUGGAAAGGGCCUCUGGACCGGGAUUAUAGUUGCACUCAUUGCGCAAGCAUUUUUCCUUGCGAUCCUAACAGUAUGUACCAACUGGGAGAAAGAGGCAAAGAAAGCCACAGACAGAGUACACAGCGCUGCGAGUCCUGCCGGUGGAUUGUUAUCAUAA